AUGUCUUCCAGCAAUGGCUUCUGGUGGUGGAGUUCUACUGCAGCUGGUGCUUCGACUGAAUUCGAUCGUCUCUUAGAAACUUGCACAUCUUCCAAUUUGCCCUCCUCCACUCCCCCUCCCAUCACCCACUCCCUCAAUCUAUCCGACCUGAUCAGAUCCUCUGCCGUCCCUGCCUCACACGCCCUCAAAUCUCUCCAGAAAAGGCUCGACCAUACCAAUCCCAACGUCCAACUCUUGGUCAUCUCCGUCAUCGACGUGUGUGUCAAGAAUGGCGGGGAUAGCUUCCUCAAGGAGGUCGGCGGUCGUGAAUUUAGCGAGGAUUGUGCUCAGAUCAUCAGUAAUCCGAUCUCCAAUCGAGAAGUCAAGGAGAAGCUCAAGCGUGAAUUCCAGAAUUGGGCUCUGGCCUUCGAAUCCGUACCUAUGCUAGCCUCUUCCGAACUGGUGUCCAACUACCGAAGGCUCAAGACCAUGGGAAUCGAAUUCCCUCCCAAAGAUCCACUGGCUACUGCUGCCAUGGUAGAUUCUAUGUCAGCACCAGAGUGGCGGGACAGCAGCGUCUGCGAACGUUGUCGGACUGCGUUCAGCUUCACUAACCGAAAACACCACUGUCGGAAUUGUGGGGGUGUAUUUGAUGGGCAAUGCAGCAGCAAGAAGCGAGCAUUGCCUCACUUCGGUGUCACUGAAUCUGUCCGAGUUUGCGAUGGAUGCGAACGAAGUCUGGCUGCUGGCGGUUCAGCUCCCAAUAAAUCCGGCUUGGCCUCGGGAAGGAGGAACAGCUUCUCUGGUGAAUCAUCACACCCAUCUCAAUCCAAGUUAUCAGUCGGCCCGAAUAGUCAUCAACGUAGUGCUACGAUACACUCUGGCAAUUUAGCUCGCGCCACUCAUCGAUAUACCAGCUCAACACCUGCACCUCAACACCUAAGCCACAGCGCACUGAGCCGUGAAGAAGCCGAUUUGGAGCGAGCAAUCGCACUCUCACUUCAGGAAUCAGCCGCCUCACAGUUACAACGCGCAUCAUUCCCUCAAGCCACCUCAGCCCCAAGUCAUCAAUCCUAUCAUGUCACUCCUUCAAGACCACCCACUUCAACUCGUGAAGAUGAGACUGACGAACCCGAGUUGGCUGCAGCCAUUGCGGCUAGCCUGCGCGAAGCUCAACUAGCUUCUAAUCCACACCCUAGUGCGCCUUCGCCUUCAAGAAGUCUGGAAACACUCCCCUCGAGACCCCCCCUACCAGCCAAAAGUAUCAGUGAAGAACAUAUCAACACUUUGCUCAAUUUCUCGUCCGAUGUCGAUACAGCUACUAGGCUUGGUCAACUCGUUCCAUCUAACACUGACCUAAACAAUCGACAUGCCCAAGCUCAGGUGGCUCGACUGGACUUGAUCAGGGGUAUCGAAAAUGCCGAACGCAGAACUGUUACUUUGAAGGAAAUGAAUGACAAGCUGUCUCAGGCCGUCAAGAUGUACGAUCGCCUCUUGAGCGAUCAAAUUAUGUAUCGCACACGACAUGUAGAGUCAUCCGGCGCUUCUGCUUCAACCUCCCAACCUUACGCCAAUAACCCACCUUCUCAUGCCGAUCCAUCCUACCAACCCACCUCAAAUCAAGUGUUUGCCUCUAAUCAUCAACCUUCGAUAUUCCCAGAUGCAAACUGA